AUGUCUGUAGCUGAUUACUCUCAAUUGCCAAUUUUUUACCAUGACAAGACUGCAAAACUGUCAGAAGGUGUAUCUGUUUACCAUGAUAUGUUGUUUUGGGUUGAUAUCUUUAAAGCUGAGAUUCAUACUUUAGACAAUAUCGACAAGGUAGAAGGUCACCGUAUGUUCAAGAUCACCCCAGAAACCUAUGAUGGUGAAUAUCCUUUCACCAAAUUCAAUUGCAAAGAAUCUGUUGGUGUGGUGUUCCCAAUUGAUAAAACCUCUGCUAUGUUUGGUUCUCGUUUCGGUAUUGGUAAGAUUGAUUUAAAUACUGGUAAAUGGAAGUAUUUGGUUACUUAUGAUCAAUGUAAAGAUUUGACUUAUGAUCGUUUCUCUCGUUUGAGAUCAAAUGAUGGUAAUGUUUCUCCAUGUGGUAAAUUCAUUUUAAUGGGUUUGAUGAACUCAUUUGAGUUCCAAGUUACCGAUGAAGGUUGUAUUUUACUCUACGACAUUGAAAAAAAUGCUUUGACAAUGUUUUAUGAUCACAUUAAAAUUCCAAAUUCAAUCCAUUGGGAUGGUAAGAAUAAUGAUAUUGUUUAUAUCACAGAUUCUUUGAAUUUUGUUAUUUGGAAAUAUAAUCACAAGACUCAAGAGAAACAAUUAUUGAUCGAUUUUAUUAAUAACGGUUCUAAUAAGGGAUUCGCAUCACCAGAACCUGAUGGAAGUAUCGUUGAUUACCAUACUAAUGUUAUUUAUGUAUCUGUCUGGUCAACAUCAAAAGUUCAAGCCUACGAUUUGGAGACAGGUAAUUUAUUGCAACAAUUUAAAAUACCUCAAGCUAGAGCUUCAUGUUGUUGUAUUUACAAGGAAGAUAUUAUUGUUACUACUGCUAAUUUGAAUAUUGAGCAUCCAACAAAUCAAGCUGAUCCAAUUGGUGGUGCCCUUUAUAGAAUACCAAAUGGUAGAAUUCAUCCUACUGGUGAUAAACCAAAUCACGAUGACUCUAAAGUUGUGCCAGUUUUAAAUUAA